CUCCCCCCCCAUCUCUUCUCUCUUUUUUUCUCAACAUCAACCCUUUGAUUAAUACUCCAAUUCAUUCAUUCUCCCAUUCUUCCAUUCAUUCAUUCGUUUCUGCUCCAUCUGGACCUGCCUACUGCUUGUCCCAUAAGGUCUACUCUAUCCACACAGCCCUGCCCCACCUGAAUACCCUCCGCGAUACACGGCACCAACGCCAUCCCAUCGUGGGAUCGCCCUCCAGCUCCCAUGAUGGCAGAGACCGAAGAACCUCAGUACAUGUCACUUCAAGCGCGCAUCGCGGCGUUGAAUCAAUCACAGAACAGCCGACAUCAGACAUUUGGCAAACGAGCCCCUCCGCCGAUACCCACGUCUUCGAAUCGACCCGCACUCCCUGCGCGGGGGCAGACGACGAACAAUCCUCCCAUAUCUCAACAUGGCUCCUCGGUUGCGAAGCCGUCGAACAACCCGCCGAUUGGGACGAAGGGAAAUCUAUUACCACCGCCUCCCAUCGACAGAGACAGUCCUCGUCCUUCAAGCGCAGGGAAUGCGAAUACCUCUCCACUUCCUACUCGCAAUGUACCUCCUCCUCUUCCUAGUCGAAAAGCGUCACAACCGUCACCUGCCCUACCACCACGGAAGAGCCCACCGCAGCUGGUUCGCAGAGCUUCGAAUUCCUCGAUGAGUUCUACAAUCUCAGGCUUGUCUCUGACUCAGACUCCGAGUAGAUCUUCCGUAACAAGUUCUUCUUCAGUGGAUACACAGAGAAAACUUCCCCCAACUUUGGAUCAGGCGAAGCUACCCCCCCUCCCCCCAACUAGACGAGAGCGUGAAGAGAAGGCAAAGCUUGAGGGACAGGCUAGGGCUACAAAUACCCCAAAAGUCCCAUUGAUCACUGUGAAGUCAGCACCAAAUGUGUCCCGAUCGCCUGCUCUGGCCCCGAAGACGCCUCCCAGACCCAGUGGCUCCCCAGCGCUACCUUCGAGACCGCGGGAAGCUUUACCACCUACACUACCACCAAGGCUCCCGUCUAGACCAGCUGAUGAUGCACCAUCUGCCCAAUCGCCAAGAAGAUUACCACCACCGGCUGCGCCUCGGUCAAUCCUUUCCAUGGGAUUCGACAACAAGAACACUGAACCCCAGAAUGCCGCACCAAUACCCAUUCCGUCACAUACGACAUCUGCUAGGCCAAUUAUUCGGGAGCUUACCGAUCAAGAUUUCGACAGUGUGGUCAAGCGUGGGAUGCCUACAUUUGUCAAGUUCUACUCUCCACACUGUAUGAACUGCCAGAUAAUGGAGCCCGCAUGGGAACAGAUCGGCCGGGAUUUCGCGUUCGCAUCGAACAGGCUUACUAUUGCCCAAACAGAUGUUUUCACACAUGCGACCUUCCAUCGAAGGUUUGGAAUCUCGAAAUAUCCCACUAUUCUGCUCUUCGACGGACACAAUGAAACGCCCGAGAGGUAUCAGGAUGGAGGUAUCCCGGAGCUGGACGAUAUGGUACGGUUUUUGGAAGAGAAGACUGGGGUAUUGCGCGCUGAUUCGGCGAAUAUUGCUGUGCCUUCGAUUAAUAUUAGCUCAAAACCAUCGCUUGCUCAGAUCAGAGCAAUUCAGUCUCGUCCUACUACUACUAACCCGCCUGCUUCCGGAUGUCUUCUCUGCAGGGAUUUCUCCCAACCUGAUAGAAUUGCCUCUCAAUACCCUCGACAAUCUCUGCCUCCCGGCGAUAUGACAGCAUAUUUGGCAGAUGUUUUGUGUGGCCCGUUUACUUCCCUUACUGAUAAGGCUCGUGCGAUAUUCACAUGGGCUCAUCACAAUAUUGCAUACGACGUUGCGGCGUUCUUUGGAAACAAUGUGAAGUAUGUUGAUCCUAAGGACACAAUCACUACUGGACUCGCAGUAUGUGGAGGUUAUGCUGGUCUCUACGCUGAAAUUGCGCUCAAGGCUGGGUUAGAAUGUGUCAUGGUGACCGGUCACGGAAAGGGCUACGGAUACACCCCGCUGAAACCUGGAGACCGGAUCCCACCAUGCAAGCCAUCUGGACAUGCUUGGAAUGCAGUACGCAUUGACGGUGGUGAGUGGAAACUGCUGGACGCCUGUUGGGGGGCUGGUAAUGUGGGAAACCAAGUUUACAACAAGGCUUUUAAGCCUUCAUACUUCACGAUGUCGAAUGAUGAAUUCGGACUCAAGCACUUUCCCGAAAACGACGCAUACUUUUUCCGCAGCGAUGGAAGGGUACAGACUUGGGAACAGUACAUGAUUGGCCCCAUUGGGGCAGAACCUUUACGGCUUUACGGAACGGUUGAGGAGCAUGGUUUGUCACAGACCUCCUUCUCGCCACCUCAGAAGCACAUACCAGUCAAUUCGGGAGAGACGGUCAGGUUCCAAUUCUCGAAAGUGUGUGAACACUGGGAUCAUGAAAGGAAUGGGAGUGGGAAACCCUACUGCAUGGUCCUCCAAAUCAAUGGUGUGGAUGGGAGGAAGAAAGACUUUGUGCCAUUUGAAAACAACGAAUUCUGGUGGUGGGUUGACGUACGGGCUAAGGAUCUUGGGGCACCAGGCGAACAAAUCAGCGUUUAUGCCGUGACGACCAUCAAUGGAAAUGAUGCCAGGGGCAUGACCAAAAGGGAGUACUUGGAAAAGAGAGGCAAAUGCAGUACUGGAUUUGGUGGAGUUUGUGCUUGGGAAUUGGUCUAGGUGUAUGAAGUCGUGGGGACAGGAUGAUACCAAUCAGUUCCAAACCGCAUCAAAUCUUGAAAUAAAAGAACCAAACGUCAGACUUCUAGAUGUCUAGUAGCCGCAGCCCUAAUUGCAGGGCGGCAAAGGUCUGGAUGAUGCCCAGCAAGGGAGUUUAGAAGGCCAUGUACAUACAAUACAGUUCAGCUCCAGUCCGGAGUUGCGAACGCCGCGUCGGCAAUAACGGUGCGGGGGAAUGCGGGGCCCCGUGACUUAGUGCACGGCGCGGGGAGAGAUUAUAAGCGCGGU